CAAGUUUGGACGCGCCUAGCCUCCUUCCUCAGCUUCCUCCUAUCCGCACAAUCACCAAGCUUAGGAGACAUUGCACUUCCGCUCAACCGAUCAAAGUCAGAACGAAACACACGAGCGCGAUGGGAGGUGUAAAUUACAUGGGCGGUAAAAGAAACGCUGCACGCUUUCGUGCCAAAGAUAUGACCUCCCGCAUUCAGAAGGGCUUCUUCCGCAAGCAGAAGCUCGCAUCGCUCACCAAAGCUCAAUCUGGACGUGCCUCAGCCGCGAGCAGGGAAGCAGAGUCGAUCAGUCUUUCGCAUGCCGUACAUCGACGAGACUCUCGCGACGAGGCGCCCACCAUUUCACUGCACGUCAAGCGGACGAACAGCACGUCGAGCCGGGUAGCUGAGAAGGAGGAGCCCAGUCGUGUCAAGACUGGUGGUAGAUCAGAGUUCCUCGACGCGUUAGAUACGACAGAACCGACCCUGCUUCGCGGCCUGUUAAAUCGCGUACUUGCUACGCCAGAUCUGGCUGGCUUGUCUACGCGCAAGCGCAAGCGGACCCCUCCUCCCCCUUACACGCCCGCGAAGAGACGCCGAGCCGACGUGCAGGAGGGUGUAAUCCGGCGACGCGACGAUCGACAUGUAUCGCCCGAUACUUCCUACAUCAUGGUCCCCGCGCACCAGCAGCAUAAAAAAUCUCCUGAAGAGCCGGUCAACCCCACUAUCUCUGCUCGCACCAGUAACCCUUUUGACACCAGCGAAGACGAGUCCGAGCCCUCGCAGACCGACUUCGUGACGAACUAUCGUACAAGCACCUGCUCGGAUCAUCAGCGUACUUCCUCCACAAACCUUACGAGCCCCGUCUUCGCAGCGAACAACGCUAUUCAUUCCGCCCGCGUACAGGACUGGCCAGACAACAUCUUCGAACACAAAGAUCCGUGGAAGUCGAUUGGGCGCAUCAUCGGCCUACAUGAAGACGCCAUCAAGGGUUCAAAUAUCAACUUCGCAGAUGGACCCCUCGCUUCCGUUCCAGCUUGUCAACCCAAUCUCAUCGCGGACGACGAAGACGGAUGGUUCGAAAUCCCAUCGACCCCAUCUGCGCCAUCUCGAGUUUCUCAGCUGCCGAAUGCCUCUCGCCAUCAAGGAAUACAUGAACGCCCCGAUGACGACUCUCUCGACCCUUUCGAGCUACCUCUCCACCCUCUCGCAGAAGCUUUCCCACCUGGUGGCUCCUCCUAUGUUCAAGACCUCUCGAGCCGACCGCCCUCUUCCCUAGCCUCAACCUCGUCGCACUCGCUUCAUACGUCUAUCUUCCGCGACUCCGUCGAUAUUGGCGAGCAAGAUCGCUUGCGCUCCACAACCGCCGCUUCGACGUCCUCGCCUGCGAGCUUCGCUCUAAAGCAGCCGUCUUCCGAUACACGACGCUCCGAUGGCCUAUCAUCUCGAUCCAACGCCUCUUCUUCACGACUGAACGGUUCGUCGUCUCGAUCGAACGUCUCGUCAUUUCGCCCGAACGCUGCCUCGUCCUCUCGAGUGAACGCGCCGUCCUCCCCACCGGACGUGAUAUCAUCCCGAGACAACGAAGCAGGGACUUCUUCCUGCGAUGGCAGAACAAGACUCUCCGCUCUCUCUGCUGGAUCAAGACUCCUCGCUCUGUCCGAUGGAUCAAGUCUACUCACUCGACCUUCCGGCCUCACUCGCUCUCCGGCGGCGCGCCUUUUCCUGUCAUCAGUGCACUCUGGUUCGAGUCGGCCGACUUCGCGAUACGCUCAGUCCGCCGGUCGAUACGCUCAGUCCGACGGUCGAUACGCUGGAUCCGACGGACGAUACGCUGGAUCCGACACUCAAAUACAGCCCUCGACCACUCAUGUCUUGACUUCCGACGGCAGCAGCGCCGCCUUUCGUAUACAAAGCAUAUCUUCUCGCGGUCACGAAACCUCUCCCUCGACGCACACCCGCUUCGGCGUCAUGUCGCAACUAAUCUCUGAAGCGCCCAGUCCAGCUGAAUUCCGCCCGAGGACCAGGAAGCCUUUCUACGGAGACCAGCAUUCGACAUCUACGUCUUCUCCGUUGCGUAUCUCGACACGAACGUCCUCGCCUUUGCAACCUAGAGACGCCCCGAAAUUUACGGAGACCAUUCCUUCUCGAGACCAACUGGUGCACUACGCGUCAUCUUCGCCCCAUCGCUCGUCCGUACGGCUGGUCCCAUCCUCUGUGCGGCUGGUACAGUCCUCGGAGCCUCCACCUGGCGAGUCUCUGCCUGCGCUUAGUCCGCUUCAACCUGCUUCAAGAAAGCCGCUUCGUCCCGCGUUAAGAAAGCCGCUUUCCGACCUUGGCGAACCUCUUCUCCUGUUUGGCAAGUCCUCUGGGAGCCCGCUUUCCGCGCAUAGCAAGCCUCUCCUCCCUACAUCCGCGCUACCAUCCGCCCUGGUCCCACGCCCUCCACCGCUCCCGGCUUCUGACUUCGAACCUCUCACGUCUAUUUCGUCUCCAUUGCGACCUGCCCUGUACCAGCCGCGCAUUAAGGGCACUCCGACUACUUCUAGGACCGGCGGGCUGGACGAAGCUGCGCGAGAACCCGCGCUAGUAUACGAUCUCUUCGUGCAAUCUCCCGAAGGCGGUUUCGAGCCUUUGUGCCACAGCGAGCCCGGGUCUCCAGAGCUAUCGCAUGCGCCUGUAGAAGACGCGCUUGCAAAGGUUUCGAAACACGCCGACGACGCUGCGGUGGUGCGACGAGAGGAGGAUACGGGGACCGCCGGUCGCGCCUCAUCUGCCGCUGGGCGGAUGACAACGUCUCCCGCUGAGCGCAGUACGCCAUAUGCCGACGAUGCGAAGCCAGCUAAAGACGACGCUAAGCCAGCGAAGGACGCCGACCUAUCAUCGGCGUUGCUUGUUGCGGCAGGGAUAGUGCCGAUAGGCGCUGAUCCGGGCGACGCGGGGGUCGACGCGGGCAAUGGCCCGUGCUUGUUCUUUGGGGACGCCAUGGAGGACGAGGUGGACAGUGAUGAGUGAGAUGAGGUUGCGCGCUUGCUGUACCGGAAUCGCUGAUAGCCCGCAUUGUUUUCCUGUAUUUGUGCUUGGCCUUGGGUGGCUGAAUGUGAUAAUGCUUCUGUAUGAUAGUGUUUCCCGGACUGUACUCUCAUGCUUCGCUUCAAACGAUAUUGUGGAUAGACAGGCC